AUGGCACGCGGGAGCUUCAAGACCUACCAUCAAAACCAGCCACUCGCCGAGUCGCUCCACCCAACCAUCCACGCGCCGAGUCGCUCCACCCAAUCAUCCACUCACCCCGUCUUCCCCCUGCGACGGCAGGCCGGCGCCUUCCUCCAUGCACGUGCGGAUGACCUCCAGCAUGUCCUCCUGCCACAGGUUGUCAAACAGACCAUCGGAGCCCAGGACCAGGAGGUCCCCCGGCAGGAGGUCGGCGCUGUACUGGUUGGCAUCCUGCGGCCAGUUGCCCCCAUACUCCCCAUGGCCCAGCUGGAAGGGCUGGUUGAACUCGUGCUCCUGGAUCUGCACAGGUGUGUGAUGGGACAGCGACGCCGCACUUGCUUCGGGCAGGGUGCAGGCGAAAUGAUGCGGGUCGGACGCUCACGGCACCUCUUACAUCCUCCCUUGCAGGUGCCUCGAACAGGCCAUCACCCAGUCGUCAACUCCCAUGCCCUCAGGGUCGUCCCCGCUCACCUCCGUCUCGAGCACCACCUGCCCGUCCCUCACCACCCAGGCCCUGCAGUCGCCCAGGCAGACCAUGUCCAGGGUGGAUCGGGCGGGGUCGAGCUGCGCGAGCACCACGGUGGCGCUGCCGGGCUCCUGCGCGGCCUCGUGCCCGCUUUCCAGCAGCGCCGCCGUGGAGAGCGGGGCGCCGUCGCCGCUGUCCGCCAGCUGGGCGCAGGAGGCCAUGAGGGCCCGGGGGUAGAGGGAGGGGUCGAUGCCGUAGUCGGCCCAGCCGCUCACCCCGUCGGCCACGCCAAAGGCGCUUCUGCCCAGGAAGAAAGCGUCCUCGCCGCCCAUCUUCUGCUUGGCGGGGUGGGGGGACAUGGCAGCUCCCCCGACCACCGUAAGCCGGGGUGCUGA